CAAUGUAUUCAAAAAGUUUAAUUCAACAGAACAACCACAACAUGCAGACCAAAUUUUUCAACACAUAUUUCGUACACUUCGCUGUCUUAACUGUUAACUUAAUAUCAUUUGCAACUGGUGCAUUAUAUUCAUGGACAUCUCCAGUUUUGCCGAAGUUGAACGGUUUGAAAGAUCCAAACGACAAUCCUCUACCUUUACCAGCAACUACAGAUGAGUCAUCCCUAAUAACUUCCUUGCUGGGUUUAGGGACGAUAUUCGGAUCAAUCCUCUCUGGUUUCCCGUCAGAGAGAAUCGGUCGUAAAAAAACUUUACUAGUUUUCGCAAUACCGAUGUUUACAGCACAUGUCAUGUUGAUAUUUGCAAAGUCUCUAGUCAUUAUCUACACAGCUCGAUUCUUUUGUGGUUUGGGAGCAGGUUGUGUGUUCGCGGUCGUACCGAACUAUAUCACGGAAAUUUCUGAAGACAAGAACAGAGGAAUAAUGGGCUGUACCAUGGGGAUCGCUCUUGCAACUGGGAUAAUGUCGAAUUAUAUCAUCGGACCGUUUGUCAGCAUGUCCAUUUUGAGUUGCUUUCAUUUGGUGCCUAUCAUUUUGUUUAUUGUGCUUUUCGGCUGGUUUGUGCCAGAAACCCCGUAUUAUUUUGCUAGUUGCAACGAUAAAAAUAAUUUAGAAACUUGCUUGAUGAAGUUCAGAAACCAAUCUUCAACAGAUGUGCAGAAGGAAUUAGUUUACAUCAUUCAAACAGUUGAAGAUUCGCAGGCAGCACAAGGUAGUGUAAAAGACUUGUUCAAGUUGACGUAUUUAAGAAGAGGGUUGAUCAUUAGUUGCAUGUUGAUGGUUGUGCAACAAUUUUCGGGUAUAACAGCAGUUUUGGGUUACAUGCAAACGAUUUUCGAAGCUACUGGUAGUAGUAUUUCACCAGAAUACUCUUCAAUGUUCGUAGGAAUAACACAAGUAAUAGUUCAAUUGUUCGUUUGCAGUUUAAUAGAAAAACUUGGCAGAAGAAUCUUGCUUAUGUUCUCAACAGUUGGAUCUUUUAUAUCGUUGGUUACAUUAGGAGUUUAUUUCUACCUUAACAAUAACGGAUAUGACACUAGUUCAAUUUUUUGGCUGCCGAUUGCUAGUUUAAUGAUUUAUAUUGUUGCAUAUAAUGCUGGACUUGCAUCUCUUCCGUGGACAAUAAUGGGGGAGUUGUUUCCUUCAAAUGUUAAAUCUUUAGCCUCCACGUUCACUUCUUGUGUUUGUUUAACUAUAAGUUUUAUUAUCGCACAAAUAUUUUCUUCUAUUGUCGUCGUUUUUGGUAUGGCCGGCACGUUUUGGAUGUUCUCAGGUUUUUGCAUCGCUGGAUUUUUUUUCACAAUGUUUAUAGUACCAGAAACGAAAGGAAAGAGCUCUCAGGAAAUACAAGCGAUUUUAGAAGGACACAACAAAAAACAAUCUAUCUUACAAUAAAAACUUUAUUAGAAA